AUGAAGUCUUCCCUGGCUUUUGCUGUUCUAUCAUUCUUUGCCUCUCAGGGCCUUUCUGUCUCUGUUGACAUGUGGUCCUCUCCUCUGUCAGAAAGAGGCGCACCCAACUACAAGCCCAUUGAACCCAAACUUAUCAAGUCUCGUCUCGGCACUACACCGCAAGAGAACAGCGAUGGAGAUCGAAAACCCGGAUCUGUUUACUUCUGCCAUGGUGAGAAUUGGGGACCUCCAUGUUUCGAGUACCAGCCAGAGCUCGAGUACACUUGCACUGAGCUGAACGGCAAGCUCCAGAACCAUGUUGGCUCAGUCUUUUCUGAGCCUGAGAUUAUCUGCCGUCUUGCUACAUUCGAGAACCGAUGUGUUCCCCUCAACAUCUUUGGAUGGCCAGAAAUUGAAAAGGGCUCGGCUCAUCUUCUCCACCAGAAAUCUCCAACAGGAUCCGAUAGCCUUGGACAUUCGGUGACUCAUUUCACCUGUGCCAAAUGCACUAACUGUGUUCGAGAUCCGAAGUGA